AUGGGUUCUGAUCCUUCUAGCCUGGCCUCGGGAAUCACAUUUACUAGUGUGCCACUUCCUGAAUCCUUUUGCGAUCCCUAUCUCGAUACACUUGUAGAGUGCUAUAAAGACGAAAAUCAUUCCAAGCUAAAUGAGAGCCAUGAUAAUCAUGCUGCCAAUGCUAGUACAGAGAAUUUGGAUCACCCAGAUGAUGACUUUAUUCAUGAAGACAUCGGUUCCAACAAAACUUCUAUAAAAGACCGGUCUUUAACCGGAUCGUCUACUUACAUGUACGAAAAAGAACCUUUUGAUACAUACCGCUGUAAAGUCAAUCAGUUGUGUAUUGAUAUUGGCCUUGUCGAACCAUCAACUAUAAAGCAUUUGGAUGGAGGAAGUUACAACAGGGUGAUUGGCUUGCCAUUUCGAAGUGACUCUGGAAUUCAGCGACGUAUUCUACGGAUUCCGCAAAAAUGGGAUAUGAAAUGGUCCAAGCAGACAGAUAUCCAGAACCAGGCCGAAAUAAAUAUGUGGCUUCAGAAAUUCGCAUUCCUCCAUGUACCUAAGGUUCUAGCUAUCGAUACAACCGCUGCAAAUUCUCUCAAAUCACCAUCUGUGUUACAAGAGAGGAUUCAAGGAAUACCUCUGGAUGAUUUGUUCUUCGAGGUUCCUACACAGCUUGCCAUGUCUAUGAGACUUGAAGUUGUAAACACUAUUGCAGAGUUCAUAAUCAAAUUAGAAACAACCACUCUGGAUAAGCCGGGAAGACUGGUUGGCACUCAUGCUGUACCAUGGACUUCAACUUCCGUGGCUUGUUCCGCAUCACGGAUUGAAUUCGCUGGCUUCUCUCGGAACUUCAUGGAGAGCGCACCUCCUCUUGAAAAUCAGGACUUAUAUUCAUUACUCCCCACUAUGAUCAAAGCCCACCAGACUAUCAGAACACAAAAUGAUGCGCAGUGGGAAAUGUCGGCGAAACAUUUUUUCAAAUCAUCUGAUUCAAUCAACGUAUUAUGGCACUGGUAUCUCGAGCCUCGACAUAUCUUUGUCGGAAAGUCCGAAACUGGAAGAUGGGAAGUUAGUGGAGUCAUUGAUUGGGAUGAUGUAAAGUCCAUGCCGUUAUUUUUGACUAGAGCUCCUAGUAACUUUACAUUUCCAUGGAACGGUGACUAUGACGAACUUUUGGAUCUACCGCUCAAUCAGGAUGUAACGAUUCUUAAGGAGUAUUUUGACCGGAUAAUGCAGGACGUGGACCCAACGUAUAUGGAUGAUACAUACGGCAGAGGUUUUUGGAUCCGUCGACUCGCUCGAUUUGCAAGGGAUGGAUUUUAUAGCCCUGAAAGUUUAGAAGUUAUGAGAAGUUUAUCGAGGACUGGAACAAUUACAUUGGUGAUCUGA